AUGCAGGCACACCUGGUCAAAUACGGCCCGCUGGCAGUUGCUCUCAACGCCAACUGGAUGCAGUCAUACGUGAAAGGCGUCUCCUGCCCUCUCCUCUGCAACCGCCAUGCCCUGAACCACGGUGUGCUCAUGGUGGGGUAUGGGUCACACGGAUUCUCCCCUGCCCGCCUGCGCUACAAGGACUAUUGGGUGAUCAAGAACAGCUGGGGCAGCGCGUGGGGCGAGCAGGGGUAUUAUAAGCUGUGCCGGGGCAAGGACGAGUGUGGGAUCGACUCAUAUGUGUCUGCUGUGGUGGCUGUGAAACCUGCAGCAGGGGUAGCGACUCAGUAA